AUGGAGGCAUGGCCCCUCGAGGGAAUCAACGCGAAAGACGUCGCCUCGGCCUUCUUCACCCGCUGGAUUGCUCGUUUCGGCGCCCCCCACUGCGUGACCACCGAGCAAGGACGACAGUUCGAGUCGCACCUUUUCAGGCUCCUCGGGCUGACCUUCGGUUUUGAAGGCUUGAGCACCACCAGUUACCACCCCUUCGCUAACGGAAUACUCAAGCGUUUCCACCGACAGUUCGAAGCAGCCAUUAUGUGCUACCCAGACACAACCUGGCUCGAGGCCAUCCUAGCCGUCAUCCUCGGUCUACGUGCCACCUUCAAGACGGCCAUACACGCUACACCAGCGGAGCCCGUCUACGGGGAACCACUUCGUCUCGCAGGUGAAUUUCUCGCUGCACUGCCUUGCAGCACUACGACGUCAGAUCCCACCAACUUCGUCGCCCGGUUCCGACGCACCAUCGCCCCCGAGCUAGCAUUGUGCAAGCACGCUUUCCUCCGUGACGACACCGUCCGCAGGCCUUUCCAGCCACCCUACAGCGGACCCUACCUGGUCGUCCAUCGUGACGACAAAAACUUCACUCUGCGCCUGAACGGGAACGACGUCCGCGCCUCGAUUGACCGGCUCAAGCCCGCCUACAUCGGUGUGAACGAACCGGGCAGCGCCACUCCAUCCACAGGCAUCCAUCCGCCGCCGCCGACGUCGCAGCCCGCUCCGAUCACGACACGCUUUGGACGUCUGGUAGGCCUCCCAGAUUUCUACAGACCCUGA